AUGGUUGCUAAACUGGAUGUCCCUGGCAGCAUUCCCAUUGUUGUCAGUGCAGCCACAGUCCUUGACGAUGGUGCAAUUCUUGCUCCUUAUGGACUCGAGAGAGACUCCGGCGGGGUCAUCAGUUGGGCUCCAUGUAGUCCAUUCCACCCUCGAUACUGGCCAGUUGGUCGAAAGGUCUAUGAUACGGCCCUGAUCAUUCUGCUGGAGCUUUACACGACUGUCAUCAGUACCACUGGAGCAGCGGUUGCUGAUGUUGCGGGACCAGAGUAUGGCAUGAGUAGGAUCACAGCACUGGUUGCUUUCACCUUCAUGUACCAGCUGGGUCAGGCAUUAGGAGGCUACCUCAUCCCUCCCCUGUCUGAACUUGCGGGCCGGAGAUACCCAUAUCUCGUCUCGUCGGCCGUCUUCAGCAUCUUCUGCGCGGUAAUACCACUCGGGAGCACAUCGACGCCCGCGGCCAUCUUUGUCGGCCGCUUGCUCACCGGUAUCGCGUCCGCCGUGCCCUCAGUUGUCAUCGCAGGUAGUGUCGAGGAUCUGUUCGAUACCCGCGCCCGCGUGUGGGUGGUCGUGCUCUGGAAUGCGGCAACCACGAUUGCUCUCUGCAUCGGACCUAUUUAUGCAUCGUACAUCAUCGCCUCUCCGGCUGGUUGGAGAUGGGUUUACUACAGCGCCUCCAUCGUUACCGGUGUGCUGACCGUGGCGCUCCUGGGAGUGAGGGAAAGCCGGCCUAGUGUCUUGCUUGGCCGCAGGGUGGCUAAGCUUGCACGGGAGCAGAGCGACAGCAUUGACGAUUUCAGAUGGAAAAAUGCUGACCCAAGGUCCGGGGGCUGGAAGACGUUCGCAAACAUAGUGGUUGUCAGGCCGGCGUACAUUCUUCUCACGGAGCCGCUUGUGAUCCUCAUUGCCUUCAUCUCGGGCAUCUCGUGGGGUAUGAUUUACCUCUUCACAGAGUCCACGAGAGGGAUCUACCAGUCCAUGGGCUUCAACAAGAAAACGGCCUCGCUGCCGUUCGUGGCGCUUGCGUGCGGGGUAUGCUUGACGUUCCUCCCUCGUCUCUGGGACAUGAAAGUUGUCUCUCGUCGUCAUGCUGCCAAAGAGCCAGUCGAGCCCGAAGACAAAAUCAUGGGCUUUGCCUUCGCGGCCCCGGCCCUGACCAUCGGCCUCUUCUGGUUCGCAUGGACAGUCCCGCCAGCAGCGCCGGGCCUGCCCUGGAUCGUCCCCACGCUCGCGCUGGUCCCCAUCGGCUUCGCCGUCAACGAGAUUGCCUACACGCUCAGCGGCUUCCUGGCCGACUCGUAUCUGCUGUACAGCGCCUCGGCAUUCUCCGGCCUCGCCUUCGUCAGGGCAAUCGCCUCCGGCCUCAUGACGCUCCUGGCGCAGCCGAUGUACGGCAACCUCAGCGCCAACACCGCGGGCUCCAUCUUGGCGGGCGUGUCGGUCUUAUUUUGCGUCACGCCGUGGGUCUUCUUCCGGUACAGCAAGAAGUUGAGGCUGGCGAGCCCGUUUGCGCGGUAUAGCGUGGAGAUGGACCGGACGACGCAGGCCCCUGAGGAAGUGUGA